AUGGCUGACUACGGCACCAUGAAAAGGCCGUCCACCAUCUCCACACCAACACCUACUGAUGAUCCCCAUAAACCGAAAGAUUCAACCGGAAAAAUGAGCAAGGACUUCAAGCUCUUCUGCUUCUUCAACAUCCCGGCAACCCCAGAAGCUGCCGCGGUUCGCUUCACCCGAAACUUUGGAUACUUCGGAUCGUACUACACACUCUUCAUAUGGAUCGUACUCUCCAUAACCCUAGUGCCUCAGCGCCGGAUGUCUCUAAUUUUCUUGGUGAUAAUGACGGCAGCGGGAUGCUCGUACCUUGCGCUGUUGAGGGUAGUACCUGAUUCUCUGCUGCUGCACAAGACCGUCGAAAGGCGUUUGAUGCUGGUUUUGUUGGCCAUUGGGACGAUGAUUGAGCUCAUACUUACGGAUGCAGCCGAAUAUCUGUUUGUGACUUUAGCUUGUACGGUGCCAAUUAUUUUGGUUCAUGCAGUUUUUAGGGUUAGAGAUGAUGGUUUUGUUGAGGAAGAGGCUUGUGGUUUUGGUGAAUAUGUUCCCCCCACAACAACCGAAGAACCCAAGUUGGCGGAUUCAGUUUGA